AUUGCCAGCCAAUACUUGUACGUAGUCGAUUGUGUUGUUUUCAUCUGUAUAGAAUAUCGAAAGGUGUCCGAAACCAAUUCUCUCUGUCGUAAUAAAUUCGAUUUCAUAAACCAAUUCAAAAGUUGGCAUUUAAACGUCGUUGUGUUUUUCUUCAUAGACCCUACGUAGUUUUCGAUGCGGUGUUUUAGUAAUACGAUAUUCGAGUGCAAGAAAUAUUGAUUUUUCGUGUUACACUUUUGCAUUUUUUUUUUGCAGACUGAAACCCUCCUUACAUUGUAUAGAGAAGUGAAUUAUGGAUGGUAAAGGAGAAUCAAACUCGGAUUACGGUCCAUUGGUAGCUUCCAUAGACGAAGGAACAACCAGUACGAGAUUUAUGGUAUUUUCAUCAAAAACCGAACAAAUUGUAGCCUCUCAUCAAAUACGUAUCCAUAAAGAAUACCCGAAGCCAGGAUGGGUGGAACAAGACGCUACGAAAAUCAUAGAAGCGGUCAUUUCAUCUAUAGAAGAGACCGUGAAAAUAUUACAGUCCAAGAACAUCAAUCCAGCUGAUAUAGUUACCGUUGGCAUAACCAACCAAAGAGAAACCACUCUAUUAUGGGAUAAGAUAACCGGUCAACCAUUAACUAAAGCAAUAGUUUGGAUGGAUAACAGGACAGUGAAAACGAUAGAGAAUUUAUUAAACACCAAACCAGAUAAAUGUCAGGAUCAGUUAAGAGAAAAAUGCGGAUUACCAAUCAGCCCGUUCUUCAGCGCUUUAAAAUAUCGUUGGCUUAUCGACAAUGUACCCGAAGUAAAGAAAGCAAUACAAGAAAACCGAUGCUUAUUCGGCACAAUCGAUUCGUGGCUAAUAUGGAAUUUAACAGGAGGUGUCAACGGCGGUAUUCAUAUAACCGAUGUCACGAACGCUUCUAGAACCAUGUUAAUGAAUAUUUCUACCUUAGAAUGGGACGAAGACUUAUUAAAAUUUUUCGACAUAGAUAAGAAAACGUUGCCAAGAAUUUGCAGCAGUUCUGAAAUUUAUGGUUAUUUCAAAUGUACCUCGUUGAAAAAUAUACCUAUUUCGGGGUGUUUAGGUGAUCAACAAGCAGCUUUAAUAGGACAAUUAUGCUUAGAAGAAGGUCAAGCGAAAUGUACAUACGGCACUGGUUGCUUUCUUUUACAUAACACGGGACCAAAGAAAAUCCUCUCUCAAAACGGUUUACUAACCACAGUAGCUUUCAAAUUCGGCAAAAAUCCAGCAUCUUAUGCGCUCGAAGGAUCGAUAGCCAUAGCCGGAGCGACAUUUUCUUGGUUAAGGGAUCGGAUCAACAUCAUCGACGAUGUAAAAGAAAUAGAAAAACUAGCCGAAGAGGUAUCUUCCACCAACGACGUAUAUUUUGUUCCCGCUUUUCAAGGCCUUUAUGCACCGUACUGGGAUCCAAAUGCAAGAGGACUGAUUUGUGGCCUAACAAUGGAUACUGACAGAAGACAUAUACUUAGAGCCGCUCUAGAAGCAGUUGGUUACCAAACGAGAGCUUUGAUGGAAGCCAUGUCCAAAGACGCGAAAAUCGAGUUUAAAGAAUUAAAAGUUGACGGUGGAAUGGUCAACAAUACAUUAUUAAUUAAAUUAUUAGCCGAUAUUUGUAAUGUAGAAGUUGUUAAACAAACGAUGCAAGAAUCGACAGCGUUUGGUGCUGCUGUAGCUGCCGCGAUGGCGGAUGGAAUCAAUGUUUGGACCGUAUCAGAUCUGAAAAUCGAACGCGAAAAUUUCUUCCCUAGUAUAUCAGAAGCAGAACGAAAUUCAAAAUAUUCCAAAUGGAAGAAAGCCGUUGAAAGAAGUUUCGGGUGGAGCAAUCAGUCAUGAAUUUACGCAUCUUGAAGAUGAAUAUUAAUAUUUUGUUGUUAUGCAUGUGCUAGGUUUUAUUUGUCGUAAGAAUUGUAUACGGAAGUUGUUUGUUUGUAGUGAUAGAAAGCUUUACUUGUCAGUUGUACUAUUGUAAGUGGAUUAAUAAACAGUGCAUAGAAAGCUAUA